GUCGACCACGCCUCAUGACGACACUCCAACAGAAGCCACCGGUGCACUACCUCCUCGGCGGCGUGUCAGCCAUGACUGCUGCCUGCUUUACCCACCCCAUGGACCUACUGAAGGUACGCCUUCAAACGUCCAAGGAACUCCACCUUUCUCUCGUUGGCACUGUGCGCUCCAUCGUCCAAGUCGAAGGCGUCCGUGGGUUCUACCGCGGCAUCACAGGCGGGUUGAUGCGUGAAGGUACGUAUUCUACCGUUCGGUUUGGCGUGUAUCAGUACCUGAAGGACGUCGCUGUCGGACGCAACAACGGCGAGCCGUUGCCGCUCGUGGAAAACGUUGCAUUGUCCAUGUUUGGUGGUGCCGUUGGUGGAUUCUGUGGCAACCCUGCCGACGUCGUGAACGUCCGAAUGCAAGCUGAUGGCCGACUCCCUACAUCUCAGCGCCGAAACUACGCGCACGCUGUCGAUGGUCUCAUUCGUGUGUCAAGGGAAGAAGGACGUGAAGCACUCAUGCGCGGCGUUCGACCCAACAUGAUCCGCGCGAUGCUCCUCACAUCUGGACAAAUUGCAUCGUACGAUGUGUUCAAAUCGUUCCUUCUGAAUCGCGUGGGCCUGCACGACAACGUUACAACUCAUUUCAUCGCAAGCAUGGCCGCGGGCUUGGUCGCCACGACUGCGUGUGCGCCGAUGGAUGUCAUUAAGACACGGCUCAUGAACAUGGCUCACAGCGGGACGUCUGAAGUGGAAUACUCUGGCGCAGUGGAUUGUUUCGUCAAGAUAGUUCGUCGGGAAGGGUUUCGUGGUCUGUUCAAAGGGUGGACUCCGGCGUACAUUCGCCUGGGGCCACAGACCAUCAUCACGUUUAUGACACUAGAACAGCUUCGCAAACUCAUCUAACACAACGCGACGGUUGCAUGGAGGAGUUGCGUGAAGGGGAGUGCACCAGGCCUCGCGGACUGCUCGAGGACGGCAUUUCGAAGCCCAUCGUUGGCAUUCGAAUCCGGAUAAAAG